CUUAUGAUGGUGGUGAUGAUGAUGAUGAUAAUGGCACUGCUGAUUUUUAACCAGAUUAAAUCGAGUUUUUCUGAAUGUUCCUGAGCAUUUCUCCUAUCUCCUGAUUGACUUGGGAGUUUUGCAAUCUUGGAGAGAGCUGAGGCAUUAGCAUUUUUAAGUGGAUUGAUCCCAUAAACCUUUUCUCUCCCAACCCCACCCUCACCCCCAUCCCCUUCCCCACACUCAAAGAAUUUGACUGGCUGCUUAAGUCUGUGACCUAAUUUUUCCUGAUCUAUAACUUAACUGUUUUAGAGCAUCUCUGGACGUCUGUAUUUUUAAUUUUUUUUAUUUUUAUUUUUUAUUUUUAAUCUUUCAUUUGUUACAUUUUUAAACUGUGCUGCAAUAAAAUGUGUGUGGUACUACUGAUCACCUAUGUUGGUGAUGGCAUUUUCCCAGAAAGCCAUCUUCUUCCUAUGCCCCUUGAAAUCCCUUCCUGCUCUUCAUGUACACAACCCCUCACAAACUACAAGCUGCAACACCAUGGAUGCCCAGUCUGGAGCAGCAGCAGCCAGGAUCACCUGGAGCCAAAAGGGUUCUUCGGAACAGAUGCAAACCCAUCCUGGGUGAUGGUAAGAGCUUGUUUGUGGCUGUUUGACCCUUGCCAUCAAACACCAUGGCCAGCAAUGUCACCAACAAGACUGACCCCCGUUCCAUGAACUCCCGUGUCUUCAUUGGGAAUCUCAACACUCUGGUUGUUAAGAAGACUGAUGUUGAGGCCAUCUUCUCGAAGUAUGGCAAAAUCGUGGGCUGCUCUGUUCAUAAGGGUUUUGCCUUUGUCCAGUAUGUUAAUGAGCGAAACGCCCGUGCUGCUGUGGCAGGAGAGGAUGGCAGAAUGAUUGCUGGCCAGGUACUAGAUAUUAAUCUGGCUGCAGAGCCAAAAGUGAACCGAGGAAAAGCAGGUGUGAAGCGUUCUGCAGCGGAGAUGUACGGGUCAGUACCAGAACACCCUUCUCCGUCCCCUCUACUCAGCUCUUCCUUUGACCUGGAUUAUGAUUUUCAACGAGAUUAUUAUGACAGGAUGUACAGCUACCCAGCACGUGUACCACCUCCUCCUCCCAUUGCUCGUGCAGUGGUGCCCUCCAAACGUCAGCGUGUGUCGGGAAACACUUCCCGCAGAGGCAAAAGUGGCUUUAAUUCGAAGAGUGGGCAGCGGGGCUCUUCAUCCAAAUCCGGCAAAUUGAAAGGUGAUGAUCUUCAGACAAUUAAGAAGGAGUUGACCCAGAUAAAACAGAAAGUGGAUUCUUUAUUGGAGAGCCUGGAAAAAAUUGAGAAAGAACAAAGCAAACAAACAGUAGAGAUGAAGAAUGAUAAGUCAGAAGAGGAGCAGAGCAGCAGCUCCCUGAAGAAAGAUGAGACUAAUGUGAAGAUGGAGUCUGAGGGGGGUGCAGAUGACUCUGCUGAGGAGGGGGACCUACUGGAUGAUGAUGAUAAUGAAGAUCGGGGGGAUGACCAGCUGGAGUUGAUCAAGGAUGAUGAAAAAGAAGCUGAAGAAGGAGAGGAUGACAGAGACAGCGCCAAUGGCGAGGACGACUCUUAAGCACACGUUGGGGUCUUAGAACUCUUGUCCCAUUAUUUCUUUACCUAGGCGCUUGUCUUUGAUCAAACUUUUCACCAGAUCCUCUCCCUUGGUAUUUUCCAGCACAUGUUCACUGUUGUACCCAACUUUAUCCUUCCCAUGUUCUGCCCUGCGCCUAGUCCCUCUGCCACCUCUUUCAAUUCUCCUAGUAGUUAUAUUAAGUCUCCUGUAAUUUUGCUCUUUUAAUUUUGAUACCUCUUUAAGACUUAACAAUAAAAAGGAUGUAUGGUUUUUAUCAGCUGUCUCCAAAGGAAUCUCUUGUUGUGCAGGGAGUUAAGCACAGUUCUCUGUUCAAUUCAAACAUGAGACUUGUAGCUUCUUCCAAAAGUGAAAAGGCAAUCUCAUUUAACUCAGUUACCUGUACCUGAGAACUUUUGAGUGUCUUCUCCUCUACCUAGGAUUACAGUGUGGGGCUACAAAAAUGUAACUUUUUGUCAAUGACAGUUGUCAGUAGAAAUACAUAAAGAGGUACAUUCAGAAGAGGAAUUAGUGUGUGCUUAUAUUUUUUUUUAAAACAGACUUUGUUUUCUAAAGUUGAUAUUGUGGGUUAUUCAUGUGAAACAGCCUGAUGUUUGGAACUUUUUUCUCAAAAUAAAAAAUAUAUUAAACCAGGAA